AUGUCACUGGCCGAUGCUCUUACUAAGCACAUUGUAUCAUUUUUACUUGAAGAUAUAGGUACAUGUUCAUCGUCAGGUCUCGUAUCACUUGUAUUUACUGACAAGCUGUAUCUUGAUUUCCGCCGAAUGAAUGCUAAUGUUCAAGACAGUCACAUACGAACAUAUAAACAAUUGAAAAAACUGUUUGCUCGAUAUGCAACAACCCCAAACGAUAAUAGUGCGAAUCGAGAAUUAUAA